UUUACCCACCACGCAUUUGCUAGGUUAUACCUAAAGGCUUGCCUCAAGGGGAGAAGACGAUUCGUGCAAUGGAAGCUAGGAGAACUCAGUGAUCUUCUGUUCCUGCGAGGCACAUCCUUUCCUCAACGAACGACACGGACCUCCGUGGGAGCGCCCCACCAAACGCUGAUACCCUCACGAUCCUUCUUGCCCUCUUCCUAUCCAGCUACCUGCCCCUGCAGGGACCACCGACGACUGUGUGUCUUGGCCUUGGGUCUGGCCUCCGCAGGUCGCUGACCAUCAUCCCAUGCGACUCCCCCACUCCGCGCCAACCACUUGAUACCUCGUCACGAUGUCUUCGAAGCACGCUGCACUAUAAAACGGGGCUCGGGCGGAUUCUCGCGCUCUUUCACCGGCUCCUCUCACAGGUCUUCCAACCUCUCCACCAGCUCCCGGUACACGAUGAGGCUUGCUCAGCGUCUCGCAAUAUCGAGCACCCUUGCCGGGCUCUCUGCCGCGGUGAUCUUGCAGGAUUCUUCUCAGCUGAAGGAUUCCUAUGACUUCAUUAUCGUAGGAGCUGGACCUGGAGGCGCGACCACCGCGAACCGCCUCUCCGAAAGCUCAGACGUGAAGGUGCUCCUCCUCGAGGCUGGCGGCGCCAACGACGGCGAGCUUGCCAUCGACGUCCCCCAGCUCUGCGUCACGCUCACCCCGAACACUGCGUGGGACUGGAACUUCACGACCGUCCCGCAGGAGGGUCUCAAUGGCCGCACGCCGCCCUUCCCGCGCGGCAUUGGCUUGGGUGGGACGAGCGCCGUCAACUGCCUCGUUUACACCCGCGGCACCAAGUCCGACAUCGACACCUGGGCGACGCUCUCCGGUGACGACUCGUGGGGCUGGGACGGCCUGCUGCCGUACUUCAAGAAGAGCGAGAAGUUCAACCUCCCCGUCGAUGGGCACAACGUGACUGGCCAGUACACGCCCGAAGUGCAUGGCUUUGACGGCAUCAUUGGCGUCAGUGUGCCCGGUGCGGCGCGGGCCAUCGACGACCGUGUCAUUGCGGUGACGGAGGAGCUGCCCGAGCAGUUCCCUUACCAGCAGGACAUGAAUUCGGGCGAGCACCUCGGUAUCGGAUGGACGCAGGCUCUGAUCGACAGCGGCGUGCGCUCGAGCGCGAAGGCCUACCUCGCGCCUGACUACCUGUCGCGCGAGAAUCUGGAUGUACUGCUGUACGCGCGUGUCUCUCGCGUCGUCGGUACGGAAGACGACGCUCUGACGCUGCGCAGCGUCGAGUUCCAGGAUGGCCCUGAUGGCGAGCUGAGGAACCUGACUGCGGGCAAAGAGGUCAUCCUCUCCGCAGGUUCUGUGCACACACCCGUCAUCCUCAUGCACUCUGGGAUCGGCGAUGCUGAGGUCCUCGAGCCCCUGCAGAUUCCUGUCCUCGUCGACAACCCGUCUGUUGGGCAGAACCUGACCGACCAUGUUGGGUGCAGUAUCACAUACGAGGUCAACUCGACCAAGACCCUCGACAACAUCUGGCGCGACGACUCGCUCAUGGACUCCCUCCUCGACGAGUGGAAGGCCAACAAGACUGGCAUCCUCGUCGACACCUCCGAGAACCACAUCGCCUGGCUGCGCAUCCCCGACGACAACGCCAUCUGGGCGAACGCCACGGACCCCGCCAGCGGCCCCACGACCGCGCACAUCGAGUUCCUCUUCCAGAACGGCGUGUACCCCACCAAGGACUCCGGCAACUACUUCAACCUCCCCGUCGGCGCCGUCUCCCCCGCCUCGCGCGGCUUCAUCACGAUCAACUCGUCCGACCCCUUCGCCGCGCCGCUCAUCGACCCAAGACUGCUCUCCGAGCCGAUCGACCUGCUCAUGGUGCGCGAGGGCAUCAAGGUCGGGCAGCAGUUUGUGCAGGCGCGGGCGUGGGACGGGUACUUUGUGAAGGCGCUUCAGGAUUUGGAGACGGACGAGGAGAUCGAGGAGUACGUGCGCGAGAACACGGUCAGCUUCUUCCACCCGGUCGCGACGGCGGCGAUGUCGCCUGCCGACGCGGACUGGGGCGUUGUCACGCCGGACCUGCUCGUCAAGGGCGUCAAGGGCCUGCGGAUCGUUGAUGCUAGUGUUGUGCCUAGACUUCCUGCUGCACACACUUCCGCUGCCGUGUACGGUGUGGCGGAGAAGGCAGCAGACAUCAUCAAGGCGGCGUAUCCCGACCUCUUCAAAGCAUGAGUUGUCUUGUUGGAUUUUUUUCUACAGCGUUGUUGUGCAUGUAUACUGUACCCGCUGCUUUACUGGUUCAUGCUGUUGUUCUUCACAUGUUUGCAUGGCUUCAAAAGUGUCCAAUGAGCAGGUGAAGGGAUGACAUGGUAUCCCAGUGGAAGCUUUGAGGUCGAUAUCUUCCUCUGAAAAUUCAUUCCAACCUACGGAUC